AGGCAAGAGCCACUAGGGUCGCCUGACUCCCAUCGCGCGCCCUGCCCCAGUUCUCGCUUUCACUGCCGUCUGCUCCCCGGGCGCCAUCAGCCAUGGGUCUCUGGACCUACUUGGCACGCGCCGCCCUGUUGUUGGUGUUCCUGGGAGCCUGCACAGUGCGCUCCGACACACCUGCCAACUGCACCUACCCUGACCUGCUGGGCACCUGGGUCUUCCAGGUGGGCCCCAGACGCCCCCGAAGCGACCUUAACUGUUCGGUGCUGGAACCAACAAAGGAAAAAGCAGUGGUUACAGUACACCUUAAGAAGUUGGAUACAGCUUAUGAUGAAUUUGGCAAUUCUGGACAUUUCACCCUCAUUUACAACCAAGGCUUCGAGAUUGUGUUGAAUGACUACAAGUGGUUUGCCUUUUUCAAGGAUGUCACUGAUUUUAUCAGUCAGUUGUUCAUGCAGCUGGGAACUGUGGGAAUAUAUGAUUUGACACAUCUGAGGAACAAACUGGUUAUUAAAUAGAUCGUCUGUUGAGAGGCUCUUUUAAUACCACAGCCAAGAAUAGACUUUGGUUUAAGAGGCAAAGAGCUGAAUCUACCUCUAGCAGCUAGCAGAGGCCAUGGCAGCUACAGUCCCUUCUGGAGUUUGUUUGCAUGUAAAAUGCAGAGGAGUCCUGGCGACCUACCUCCAAGGCAGCUGCCAUCCUGAACGUUUCCUUGGAAAAAAGUAAUCACCACUGUGGAAUGUGAACAACCAGAACCUUCACAGAAUAAAGGGAAAACACUGUGGACAAGCUGAAGCCUCAGGGGCUUCAGCAUUUAGUGUUUUCAUAAGAGGAACGAUUUAUAACACAUCAAGUGUUUUUUCUUUCUUUUCUUAGUUGAAUACUGUCAUGUUAAAAUGGUUUCUUCAAACUAGACAGGGUUUGGGUUUUGGGUUUGGGGAUCUUUUUUCUGUGUUCUGUCACAGUGCAAAUUUACUCACUCUUCCUUGGUGCUUUCGCUUUCUCUAAUUUCCUCUAGUAAGUAAGUCCCACACCUAAUGUAGAAGAAAAGAAGGCUUUGAGAUGACUUAAAGUAGACAUAUGCUAACUACUGGAGGGAAGAUGGUCCCAUGCAAGGCAUGUACAAGGAGGAAAGAUGCUUUCUUAGCCAAAUACUGAAAGGUGUAUCUUUUUGUAGACAGUGGUUUUGCAGCACCCCUAGCCAUAAAGAUGAUGUGGCUAAUAGCUUUCUCUUUCUCUUGUUUUUCUCUUCUCUUUUUCUCUUCUGCUUCUUCAUUUGUUUUCUAAAUUAGGUGCUAGCUUUUUGCUAAGUUGACUUGCUAUGAGUCUGAAAGCCCUAUAAAAGUGAUGGGACUAAUUUCCUUUUACCGAUAGCAUUGCUUAGUCUCUUCUAAAGUUCAAGGUCAUGUAAUUUCUGACUGUAUAAUGACACUCCAUAAUCUUUCAAAACUCAGAAGUUCCCUGGGGCUAAAAAAGAAAAGAAAAGCCAUCUCAACCAAGUAAAUGAUAUUUCAAUCCACCUUUGUGAAGUUUUUCUGAUGCAUUCCAGCACAUAAGCAUCUUGAGGGUUGGUUUGGUGGGGUGGAGUGUGUAUUGCAUUGGCUGUCACCGAAGACUUAGGUGAGUGCCUUUCCAAUUUAGGUUUCCUACCACUGAGCACACUCACUUCCUUACUUUAAACCAGAGUUCUUUCACUCAGCGGGUAACAUUAACUUGUCUUUCCCCUGUGGAGUCCCACACACCGAGAAUCAAGCUUUUGAACUGAAGCAUAAACCCCAAAGAAAUCCCCUGUGAAAUUGACUUUCCUUAAUUGUACUAUUGUUCAACCUGAUUGCUAUCUUCUAGCUCUUUCCUGCUGAGCAGUGGAGUCAUUUCCUUCUCACUGGGUUUAGAACUGACUUAGAAGAUCUAAAUGGUGCACGUGUACAUAAUCCAUAUUACCCACCCUGCUUUUCUAUUAUGGCUGGGUAAACUCAGAAGAUUUAUACUCUGUGAGUCAUGAUGAUGGCUUUAUCUAUAAAAGAAAGUGAUUAAUUUGGCUUACAUUUUUAGAUGGCUACAGUCCAUGAUGAUGGAGUGAAAGAAUGGCCUAGAGGUCCACAGCCUCUAGGCAGAGAGAGCUAACUGAGAGAGAAUUGUGGAGUCAUCUGAAUCCUCUCAACUCACCUCUAGUGAGUGACACACCUCCUCUAACAAGGCCAUAUGUCCUAAUCCUUCCCAAACAGUGGGGAACAAAGUAUUUAAGCUCAUGAGCCUCUGGGAGUGGGACAUCCUCAUUCAAACCAACGCACAAAGUACCACUUUUCUGGGGUUCUGGGAACACUGGCCUAGGUUGGCGCUAUAGCGUGAGUUCUGUGUUACAGGAAAUAUUUUCACGUUUCCUUCUUUCAGAGCCCUCAGAGAGUUAUGUAUUUUAAAGCUGAUUUUCAAGGUCUAAAAAUAUUGUUGUCUAUACACAGAGAUGUAUUUUCUAGGAGUAAUUCUUAUCUUUCUCUGUGUAAUUUGGUUUCUAAAUGAUCAUGUGAGCAAAUGAGGAGACCCGAAAUUGUAGAUAUGUGCCAGACGGGCUCACAGUACACUAAUGCUUAGCAUUGUUUGUUAGAAUUGCCUGUUUGUUUUCCCUUCUGCUCUGUAAGAGAAGGGGUUAUUGACUGUGUUACAAAAUACUGUAUUCUGUGUAUAUCAUGCAAUAUUUGUCAAAUAACAUGAAAAUAAUGGGUUGAAUAAAUAAUUUUGUAUGAAAGAAGAUUAAAAGAAA